AUGAGGCCUCCAACAAAGGAGACAAUCAGCAGACCCAUGUUGAAGACCAUGAGAGGCCAUCGAAUCCUGAAGAAGUUAAUGGCAGGGGAAGAAAACGCAGGAAGAAACAUGCGAGGCCCCCACCAUCUGGUAGAGAUUAACCUGCACCACAAAACAAUAGUGAAGGACAUGCUGAUGAGGAUGCGUCUUGUGGGGUUCAAGGUCGGAGGAUUCAUCGAAGACCCCGUCCAUCCGGCCAGAGGAUUCUGCCACCUAGGGAAGAGAAUCAGGCCCCAAGGGUGGUUGUGCCUAACCCAAAUGACAUUGAUGAAGAGCCUACUGAAUAUCAGUAUCAUUCUGAAGAGUUACACACCCCCACCAGGUUCUGAUUCUGAGGAUGAAAAUCCAGUAUUCCCUCAGUAUAAUUCUGAUACAAAGUUUGGCAAAAUUAGACUGGAGUUAGUGAUGGAGUUUGGCACGAUGCAGCAGUUUAAGGAUGCAGUCAGGAAGUAUAGUAUUCAGAUGGGCAGAGAGGCAUUUUUUCUCAAGGUUAAACCACAUAGGUGCAGGGUCAUCUGUUACAACGAAACUUGUCCAUGGGAAGUUUACUGUGCAAGGAGAAACCAGCCCCCUAGUUACCAAAUCAAAACACUGGUCGAUGAGCAUACAUGUCCUAGGAGUAAUAAAAGCAUGUCAGUCACUUGUAAAUGGGUGGCCGAGGAGUUGAUUAGCAAGAUUAGGGUAUGUCCUCACUUGUCCCAUAGAGAGGCUCGAGAAAUGUUCAAAGUUGAGUUUGAUAUCUGUGUCGGAGAGAGGAUGAUGUUUAGGGCAAUGGAGAAGGCUAAAGAUGUCAUCGAGGGCACAGAAAAGGAACAAUAUUUGAAGUUAAGGACUUACUUGACUGAGCUGCGUAAGGCCAAUCCAGGAUCCACUUGCCGUAUGAGCACAACACCACAACAAGAGGGGCUGCCUAAGUUUAGAAGUUUAUACAUCUGUCUAGAAGCAUGUAAAAGGGGAUUCAAGCAAGGAUGUAGGCCUUUCUUAUGCCUUGACGGAGCAUUUUUAAAGGGAUAUUUUGGGGGGCAGCUACUGACAGCCGUUGCUCAGGACGCCAACAAUCAUCUAUUCCCAGUUGCAUAUGGAGUAGUUGACGCAGAAACAAAGACCAAUUGGAAAGAAUUCCUAGAGUAUUUGUUGGAUGAUAUCGGGGAUCAUAGGCAAUUCGAUUGGCACUUCAUGUUUGUGACAAACCCCAAUUUGACGGGGCUAAUACCUGCUCUACAAGAAGUUAUGCCAGGGGUUAAACACAGGGCACUGACAUAUCAGGAGUUUAAUGAAGGUAUGGAUGCCAUAAAGAGAAUUAAUACUUCUGCUUGGGAAUAUAUGUCUAAGUAUGAGCAAGAAACUUGGUCAAGAUCAAGAUUCUCCACUUGGCCCAAAGUGGAUAACAUAACGAACAACAAUGCGGAGUCUCUUAAUGCAACCAUGGUAGGGCUAAGAGGCAAGAGCAUCAUAACCAUGUUUGAGGAGAUUAGAUAUUACCUCAUGAAGACUAUGGCUACCCACAAAGAUGCACUCAUGGCCUACACGGGUAAACUGGCGCCUAUCCAGACGAGCAGACUGGAGAAGGAAAAGAAGGAAGGAAACUACUGGGAAGCUCAGUGGGUGGGAGACGAUGAGCAUAAUGUCUUUGAAGUUAGAAGGCAUGGUCGAACAGUUCGGGUCAACACUCAUGAAAGGACUUGCACUUGUAGAAAGUGGCAACUUACAGGUCUGCCUUGCUGUCAUGGAAUUGCUGCAAUUCAAAGAAAAAAUCAACGACCAGAAGAUUAUGUCCAUCAUUGGCUGACUAUGGAAGCAUACAAUAGAACAUACCAAUUUCACAUCAACACUGUCCCUAGUCAAGAAUAUUGGGCUGAUGCAGAAGGGCUGCCGUGUCUCCCUCCACCUUAUAAGAGGCCAAUAGGAAGACCUACAAAGAAGAGAGCAAGACAUGAAUCAGAGAGACAGAAUGGGAGCCGGUACAAAAUCAAGAGGAGCUAUGGAAAGACAAGUUGUAAAUAUUGCAAAAAGGUGGGACAUAAUUCGAGGACAUGUCCUGAUAAGAAGACUCCUGCUGCAGCUGAGGCAGGUGAAGAUGUACAAUAA